GUGGAAGUGAUGACAUCGUGAAUGGUUGGGCACAAGUGGUGAAGAGAGUCGGUGUGAAGAUGUGAUGGGAAGGAAUCGAUGAUAAAAAUGUCGGACAAUUGGAUAAGUGGUGGAAGUGUUUGGAUGAAGAGUCGAUCCCAUUGUCUAUUAGUAUGUGAAGAGAAGAAGACAUACAAACACUACAAACACUUCCAGAAAUGUUUGUAAAUGUAAUAAUCGGUGCAAUAGUUGUGCGGAAGAAGUCAUUUCUGGCCAGUAAUGACUGCAAUCACAGCAAUCAUAGCAAUGAAUGGUUUGAAUGCAAUCCAAAUGAGUCUCAUUUGAAGCCAAUUCUAGUCGUUGUCAACACAUCUCAACAUUUAGUCGUUUAUUGCAAACAAUUAGUCAAUGAUUUGGUGGCAAAAGAGCCUAAAGAGCCAAAAAAGUCUUACAUUUCGCAACAUUUGAUGCAUUUAUUGCUUCAAAAGAGUCAUUAUUUGAUAUAAUAUACGAUUUAAUCAUUUCUUAAAUUUAAUAAUAAGUCAAUAAUUGGAUCACAAAUUGUAAUAAUUGUAAGAAUCCUAAGAAUCGGACAUUUAAUUAAUGAGUUGAUGGAAGACAAUGACCGGCGAUAAGAUUGAGGUCCAGAUUGAAAGCUCUUCCAAUUUGACCCAAAGUGAUGCUCAGCCCGAACCUCAACACCAGUCGACCCAACCGUCGCCCCAACACAGCCUCCAGAAGUCUGAUGAGCGCAACGCCAACCCUAACCCCAACCAAAACAAGUCGUGUUGUUUUUGUUGGUGUUGUUGCUGUUCCUGCUCUUGUCCGACCAUUGAAGACAUCCGUUGUUGGGGCGAAUCAUUUGACAAACUUAUGAAAUGUUCGGGGGGUCGGAAAGUGUUUCGAGAUUUUCUGAAAUGUGAGUACAGCGAAGAGAACAUUCUGUUUUGGUUGGCGUGUGAAGACCUCAAGAAGGAGUCCAAUCCCGAUGUGAUCGAAGAGAAGGCACGCCUUAUAUAUGAAGAUUACAUCUCUAUAUUAUCGCCAAAAGAGGUGAGUCUGGAUUCACGAGUGCGAGAGAUAAUAAACCGCAAUAUGGUAGAGCCGAGUCCGCACACGUUCGACGAGGCACAGCUCCAGAUCUAUACACUCAUGCAUCGCGACUCUUAUCCUCGUUUCAUAAACUCUCAAACGUAUCGAAAAUUAGCACAAAUACCUUCUCCGACCCGAAAGGGAAGUGCGGCCUAACAUUGAUUGCACCCGAUUUGGAGUACAAUAUAAUUGCGAAUCAAACAAAUCAAUAAUUAAUUGAAAUGAAUUAAUUGGACAAAAAUGUUUUGUGCAAACAAUAUAACUCUAAAGGGCAAUGACUUAACGCAUUCUGAUUUGCGUUUUCAACAAUUUUAUUGUAUAUUUAGAGUCUUUUUAGAGUUAUUUAUUCAUUUAUAUUAUAAAAGAUCACAACUAAAGCAUCACUUUAUAAAACAAAUUAUAAAUUGUCUCAAAACUGAUGCUUUGGCUAAUGAUCUGUCACAUGAAAAAAGCAACUAAUAAUUAAAUUAAAUCCAAUAACGGCUCAACACCUCAUCCGAUGGCAACAACACAACAAUUGUGUGAUUGAAGUGAUCAAAGACAUAAAGAUAACCAAAUGAUUAUCUUAUAGUUGAUUCUAUCUUCUAUUCAUUUGCUAUAUAUGUAUAUAAGUUCUGUUCAAUCAAUCGACUCUUUGCUUCAAUAUCUCAUUCUUUCGACAAUUCGUUUACAAAUACGACC